AUGACGUCGGCCACUCCCCCCUCCUCGCGCGGCUCCUCCCCCCAGAAGGUGUGUCACUCCAUGAUCCAGACGGAGGUUCUGAAGCCGCUGCUGGAGGCAGGGGGGGCGGCAGGGGUCGGCGCGCUCCGACGGAGACGGCGCGUUCUCUCCAAGGACGGGCACAGCAACGUGCACAUCGAGCAUGUGAGCGGGCGUGGGGCAAUGUACCUGCGUGACAUCUGGACGACCUUCCUGGACAUGCAGUGGCGCUACAAGCUCUUCCUGUUCUCGGCCACCUUCGCCGGGACCUGGUUCCUGUUCGGGGUUCUGUGGUACCUGGUGGCGCUGGUGCACGGAGACCUGCUAGAGUCUGACCCUCCGUCCAACCACACCCCGUGUGUGAUGCAGGUGCAGACUCUGACAGGGGCGUUCCUCUUCUCACUGGAGUCGCAGACCACAAUUGGCUACGGCUUCCGUUGCAUCACAGAGGAAUGUCCCGCUGCCAUCAUCCUCCUCAUCCUCCAACUGGUCAUCACCAUGGUGCUUGAGAUCUUCAUCACUGGAACCUUCCUCGCCAAGGUGGCGCGGCCCAAGAAGAGAGGAGAGACAGUGAAGUUCAGCCAGUACGCUGUGGUGUCCAAUCACGAGGGCCGACCCUGCCUAAUGAUCCGUGUGGCUAACAUGCGCAAGAGCCUGCUGCUGGGCUGCUCGGUGACGGGGAAGUUGCUCCAGACGUCCCAGACCAAGGAGGGGGAGACGAUGCGUCUGGACCAGAGGAACGUUCCCUUCCAGGUGGACACGUCCAGCGACAGCCCCUUCCUCAUCCUCCCCCUCACCUUCUACCACAUCAUAGACGACAGCAGCCCGCUCAGAGCCUGGGCUGCCAAGGGAGGGGGAUGGACGGAUCCGGAUCUGGCAGACUUUGAGCUGCUGGUGAUCAUGAGUGCCACAGUGGAGCCCACCUCCGCCACCUGCCAGGUGCGCACCUCCUACCUGCCAGAUGAGAUCCUGUGGGGGUACGAGUUCCCCCCCGUGGUCUCCCUGUCUUCGUCUGGGAAGUAUGUGGCGGACUUCACCUUCUUCGACAAGGUGGACAAAACAAAAACCCCGCCCCUCUUCAAACAGGCCCCCCCCCCAAGCCCGGCCAUGCACUCGUCCCGCAGCAGCAGAGGGGGAGCAGAGGAAGGACCGGACCCAGAGAAGAUGAAACUAGAGGAGAGCUAUCAAGGGGAUGAGAGGGGGAGGGGCAGGGGGAGGGGGAGGGGGAGAGACAGUAGCCCCCUCAGUGUCCGUAUCAGUAAUGUAUAG